GUUAUAUAUUUUCCGAGUAGGUGCAAUUCCACAAAAAGACUGAAAUUAAUGGCCAUGAGCUCCUAUUUGAUCAACUCCAACUAUGUGGACCCGAAGUUCCCACCGUGCGAGGAAUACUCUCAGAGCGACUAUCUGCCCAGCCACUCUCCGGACUAUUACAGCUCUCAGAGGCAGGAGCCUGCUGCCUUUCAGCCGGACUCCCUCUACCAUCACCAUCAACAACACCAGCCACACCACCAGAACCACCACCAGCAGCGAGCCGAGCCGCCCUACACGACGUGCCAGCGCGCAGGGCAGCCCGCCUCGGUGGUCAUGUCCCCUCGGGGUCACGUCCUUCCCCCGGCCGCGCUGCAGACUACCCCCGUCCCGGAGCACAGUCAACGCUGCGAGUCGGUGACACCCAGCCCGCCUCCGCCUCCGUCUUGCGGCCAAACGCCCCACAGCCAAAGCACUUCUUCCCCCGCGAGCACUCGGAAGGAUCCCGUCGUCUACCCGUGGAUGAAGAAAGUCCAUGUAAACAUCGUGAGUUCAAACUACACGGGGGGUGAGCCGAAGCGGUCGCGGACGGCCUACACGCGCCAACAGGUUCUGGAGCUCGAGAAGGAGUUCCACUACAACCGGUACCUGACACGCAGGCGCAGGGUCGAGAUCGCGCACACGCUGUGCCUGUCGGAGCGGCAGAUCAAGAUCUGGUUCCAGAACCGGAGGAUGAAAUGGAAGAAGGACCACAAGCUGCCCAACACCAAGGUCCGCUCCGGGACAAACAGCAGCAACACAAACUCCCAGUCCCUAACCGGUUCCCAGAACCGCUCCACCGGACCACUAUAGCCCACUACCGCUUACUCUUUGUCUGAGAUGUGUCCUCCGUUUUUCCUACUUGAUUCCCAAAUUGAACGCCUUGUAACCACCGGAACCUGCACUUUGGACCGGAGUAACGCUUCGGAGGGAGGGAUGUGGCCCUGAUCUGUGCUGAUGUUACACACUAUAAUAUGACGUGUGAGGGUGAAGAGGGAGAUUUCCCAUUCAUA